UCAAAAAGUAAUUGCAAAAACUUUACAAUGAAAAACUUGUCUUUUCUCAUUGGAAAGUGGUGAUAGUGUAUGUGUGUGUUAUGGCACUUUUGCCUUUUGAAGCUCGACAUGUACCAAGGAGAACAGCUCAUAAUUAUUCUCGUAGGAAACUUGGUCUUCUGAGAAUCACUUUUGGGGUGAUUGUUUUCUCUUUGUUGUUGGUUUCUUUUCUGUUAGGACACAACAACACCUUAAGCAGCAAGCAAGAUGAUUCCUGGUUAUCAGAAAAUAAAAAUAGACAAUGGGAAGAUGAUGGGAGAAAGGAACCAUUGUUGUUAGAAAGAAAAGAAGAACAGCAUCUUGUGUCAGAAACCGCUUCAAGUCCCCAACAAUGGGUAGGCACAGUUCCAUCUCAGGAAGGCAGCUACCAGCGGCCAUCCAAUGGGACUUUAGAUUUAGUACUAUUUGCCAAUUAUAACAGUGCUUUGGAAGCAACUGAUGAUAUGACAACAAGUUCAUCCACUGAAUCCUAUACUUUGGAUGGGAAGCAGCUGAACAGCGACUCAAAUAUCUCAAUGCAGGACCAAGCAACCAUCUCUUUAUUGAAGAAUCCUGUUAGUUUGAUGGAUAAUUCUGUUUCAUUAUCCAACAUAAAACCAUCCUCAGUUGAAGUUGUGGAAACGUAUCAUGAUGAGACCCCAUUUCUAAAACCAGAACCCUCCAACUUGGUGAAGACUAGAAAUAUUUCAGAAACUCAAUUCAACAACUCUUCUUAUGUUGAUUCACUAGAGUUGGUUGAUUGGACGAAUAUUUCUUCUAAUUACUCUGAGAAUCUUCAAGUUGCACUUCCAUCGUUGGAGUCACAGGGACCUUCUAAUCUUAGCUUCUCCAGUCAAAAUUUGAAUUCAUUUUAUGAGAACAAGUUGACAUUGAAUCAUAUUUCAAGCUUGAAAAGUAAUAUGGAGGGAACUGAAGUAGCCAAAGUUAAUGGUUGCUUUGAUAUUUGUAGUUAUGCCAAACAUGAAGUAUUGUCGGAUGUACAAGUGUCUAGUAUUGUUCAGCAUUCUCCAGAAAGCGACAUUCAUUCAGUAUUGUUGUUAUUUCACGGCUGUAAACAUAGCGCACGAGAUUGGUUUGUAUUACCAGAAGAAGUUUCUGUUGUAUGUGAAGCUUUACGAAGAAACUUUUCGGUCGUUGCCUUUUCUUCAGUUGAUAGAUGGAGUGGUUGUUGGGAUUCCUUUUAUCCAGCACUGGGUAAUAAGGAUGUUAUUCGAGUACAUCAAAGUUUUCAGGAAUGGAUAUUUGAGAAUUUUGUCAACAAUCAAACAAACUCUCAACAAGCUAUCCAGUCUCUAAAAUUGUAUGCAUUGGGUGUAUCCAGUGGAGGUUCAUUCGUCUCUAUCCUUUCAACAUUUCUUCGAAAUAUAUCGGCUCAAGCUAUUUAUAUUUCUCCCGGAAGCUUUCAGUCCUUUACUUUAUUCGAUUGGAAUCCUUAUCCUCCUACUUUCUUUGUUCAUAUGCUAAAGGAUACUACGUUUGGGUCAUUCAACCAUGUAAACAGUUCUUGUAAUCUCUUGACUCAACACAAAAUAGCUUGUCGUAUAUUGUCUUUGAAACCAGUGCCGAUAACUGCUGAUUGGUUUCACGAGAAGAUUCCAAUUAUUUCCUUAUCAUUAUCACGACAAUUGUUUGACUUGCUGAAUACAACGCGAUGCAGUCGAUGAUUCUAUUUUAGGGAAAAAAGGGAAGACUUUACAAAGUAAUAUAGAGGAAUUGUUGAAU